AUGGCGACCCCGAUCCCGCAACCCCCUGGAGUACCGAUCUUGGGCAACAUCUUUGACAUCGACCCCAAGAAUACCUGGUCGUCCUUGAAGAAGCUCUCUGAGAAGUACGGCGAAAUCUUUCAAGUCAAGGUUCUCGGCCACACCAUCGUAUUUGUCGCGGGCGCCGCCCUCGCAGAGGAACUCUGUGACGAGAAACGCUUCCGAAAGUAUGUCGGCGGUCCCAUCGUCGAGAUCCGAUACGCAGUCCACGAUGCUCUUUUCACGGCCUACGACCACGAGGAGAACUGGGGCAUUGCCCACCGCAUCAUCGCGCCCAAACUGACAUCGGCGUCCGUCUCGGAGCGCUUCAGUGACAUGCUCAGCACAACAAACGAGCUUAUCGAGAAAUGGAAGGGCCUCGGUGUCAACGCCGAGGUGUCUGCCAUUGGCGAGCUGAACAGAUUGAACCUGGAAGCUACGACGUUGUCGCUCUUUGGCAAAAAGCUCAACUGCCUCUCUGGACCGGAACACCCGAUGCUCCGAGGAAUGGAGGACUCGACCUCGGAGGCGAUGCAGAGACCGAACCGCCCUGGGGUUUUGAACUGGCUCUUCUACAGGAGCAAGUUCAAGAAGGGAAAGAAUGUGAUGCGGACAUACGCGGCAGACUUGGUUCAGCACCGAAAGACCAACCCAUCGGACCGGAAAGACCUUCUCGCUGCACUCCUCACCGCCGAGGAUUCAGAGUCGGGAAAGGCUCUGACCCAUUCUCAGGUCCUGGAUGAGAUCGUCUCUAUGCCCAUCGGCAGCAGCACCGCGCCGGGCAUGGUCAGCACAGCCAUCUACCUCUUGCUGAAGAACCCGCACGUCAUCACCACCGCGCGCGAUGAGCUCGAUCGCGUCGUCGGCAGCGGCGAAUUGACCUAUGCGCACCUCUCUCAGCUCAAGUACAUUGAGGGUAUUGUCCGCGAGUCUCUACGUCUUUCCUUUGCAGCGCCGGGUUUUAACAUUGAACCGAUUCCAAAGGAUGGCGACAAGAGGCCCGUGUUGCUCGCGGGAGGCCAAUAUCAGGUAGCACACAACCAAGCCAUGAUCAUCGUCCUUGCUGGCGUGAAUCGGGAUCCUUCAGUUUUCGAAGACCCCCUGGCGUUCAAGCCUGAGCGUAUGAUGGGCGAGAAGUACGAACAGCUGCCUUUGAGUGUAAGGAGAUCCUAUGGCAAUGGCAAGCGAGAGUGCAUCGGGAAGCACUAUGCAUGGUUGUGGAACAUGGUCGUGCUAGCGAAGUUGAUCAGGGAGGUCGACUUCACCAUGGCGGAUCCUUCCUAUGAGCUAAAGCAGGACGGUUGGUUCAACUUGAGGCCGGUGGACUUUCACGUCAGGGUCAAGACGAGAGUAGACCGUAAGGCGCCGGUACUGUGA